UUAACUCCCCCAGAGGUCCCCCUCCAACACCACCACAAUCCAGAGUUCCUCUGAGAGCUCUCCUCUACGGCAUCUGCCUGCUGUCAAUGACUCUCACAGUUAGAAUGGAAUAACUUAAAGAGUUUCAGCAGUGUUAUGUAGUCGGCUCGCAGAGGUUGUCAGUGGAAGUCUGUUCCUCCCUUUUUUACAGACACCUCACCCAGAAAAGAAAGUAAAAGUCCCGAGACAACAGCAGGGGCUGUCUCAAGUCUUUUCUCUUUUAUAAAACUGUGGUCCCUCCAUCAACUGAGCAGGACGAAUAUCACUGAAAGUUAAAGGAACAAUCAAGUGUGUCAAGACUGGAUUAGACCUGUGCAAAAUGCCAUCUCAUUUAAGUUGGUUCUUGAGAAACAGGACGGGCUAAUACUGAACAAGCCUGUUGAAUUCUGAAGCACAUCUGCUGCACACAUUUGGAACUCAACAGCCAACUCCAUCCCCUAACAAAAUUACUUCACGCCUGAAUAUCUCGUUGUGGAUUGUGAUGCCGUUUAGAUGCUUUGACAGGCCUGCAUCUAGGCCAUAUGCCCAACUAUUGAGAAUGGAUACUGAUGCCUUGACUGCAAUGAACUUUGCAUCAAUUUCCUGAGUGAACAGCAUAACAUUGACAAGUGACAUGUGAUCCUCUGACCCAGAGAAGCCUUGACUGACACAGUAAUAGCAGCUGCAGCUUGACCACACGUCUCAAUUGCAAGCCUCAAAAGGCUUGUAAGAGCCAAGCACUUAGAUCCUACAUCUGGAGUUACAACCUGAUUUGUUCUCAGAAAGUUCUGAGGAUAUUCAGAUUUCUACUGAGAAUGAAACAGCUGGAACCCUCAAGGCCAUUCAUUUAAUGGGUUAAUGAAACCAGAGACUAUUAGUCAUCUUAUGAUAAACGGUCAGGAGAAAACUUCCCCCUGUGAUUCCCCGCAAUGGCAGCAACCUACAGACUUGUUGUCAGCACCGUGAACUGUUAUAACAGCAUUAUAAUUGAUCAACGUUUCCAGCAUACUGUACACUACUGUAAUGGGUCCUGCAAAGCCUUCCCAAAUGCUGCUGGCAUUGACUGCAAGGUGGUCCACCAUGCCAUCUGUUCAGAGCUGCUGAGUCACUCAUCCCUUCCUUCAUCCAGCCUAAGGUUCGCAGGUACGCAGGACUUGACCCACAAGUUUCUAAAUGCUGAAAAUUUGGCGGCUUCUACUGACAUUGCUGCUGAUGACAGUCAUCAGCUUCUGCCUGGUGUCACCAGGGUCAAAAAGGGAAUGGGCACACAAGGUUUAUCCAGUCUAAAAGACAUCACCAGUGAUGCCAUAAACCUGGCCAGCGGCAAAAUUAAAGAGUUUUCAUUUGAAAAAGUGAAGUGUCCUGCAAGCCAUGUGACCUUCAGGAAAGGAAGGAAAGUAAAACCAGAUAUGACUAGCAGAAGAUCUGCAGACUUUGACAUAAUAUAUAACCAUAUUGGCAGCAAUGAGAACUGUCCACCUUUUGGUUUUGCACAAAAAACAGCCAUUGAGCAAAAAGAGACAAACCUUAUCACAUUGCAUGAACAAAGUAUCAGCAAUGCCACACAAUUGUACCUUCAAAACCUCUCAGAAGAUAAUUUCAUUGCCAAAUUUUUGGGCAAACACAAAGCAGAUAGUUCAGACUCAGGAGAGGACAUUAGGGUUUGCCUAGAUAUUCUACUGAAAUGCUCAGAAGACCUGAAGAAAUGCACAGAGAUAAUUAAGCAAUGCAUUAAGAGCAAGUCCCAUAAUAAGGAUGAUAAUGAUGCCAGCAACAAUCCCGAUCUAAUCUAUAGAAAUGUCAUGGCAAGGCUUUCAAGCUACCUGAAAAAGUUACCUUUCGAACUUGAACAUGGGUUAUCUGGACGAGGUAAUCAGCAUGAUCUUGCUGAACUUGUAAACAGCCUACACAGUUUGCAGCAAAUGCCAUAUCCACCAUUUGGGAAUGACCAACCACCCAGAUAUGAGGAUGUUGUCCAGUCAUCACCAACCCCAUCUACCAAACUACCUCUUCCAGUGGAUACUCAAAUUGUCCAUCGAGCUUCCAAUGGCAACAGUAUGGUACCUAUUGAAAAUGUUUAUCGUCUUUCAUAUAAUGGUCAUCUUCAAGAGAAUGGUAUCCAACAAAAUAAUUCAACUGCUAUAAACCGUCCCCGUGUACUACCUCACGUAAGUCCACUAAAUUGCUCUGAAAGCAGUUCCUCUCAAGAUUCGUUCCUGUCCAGGAGUAUUGACAGUACUUCUAAGAUACCUAUGGAGCUUCUUUAUAUUCAGGAGGAUUGUGAUGUUGAUAAGGUUUUGAAGCAGGAAUCAAGAGGGAAUGAUUAUUUCAAUUUUGGAAUGGCUGAAAAAAACCCUCAGCCUCAAAAACCAGCCUCUCCUGCUGACACUUGCAAGAGGGCAGGAGAUAAUGGAAUUGGAAUCAGAGAUAAUAUGGGUGAAAAUAGAUUAUGUGUGCAGCCAGCUUCUGAAUCUCAGAGCUUCUCCAAUAAUGUAAGUAGAAGCCAUAAUUCCACAGAACCAUCAAUAACAAGAUCAAAAACUAAAACAGAAAAUGAUAAGGCAACCCAACAAGACGACAUUGAAAAGUUACUGAUGGAUUUGGAAUCCUUCUCUCAAACCAUAAACACUAGGCAGGAAUAUGAUUCUUCUAGAAACAAUGAUAUUGACUUGAAGAAUUAUAGUCAACGAUCAGGACAAGUUAAUUUUUUGACCACUGAGUCAGGAAGUAAACACUUAGAGGUGUCACUCAGAGAAACUGUGCCAUUAUCUUCUCCCACAAAAGGAACCAAUGUAAAUAAAAAUAACAAAAAUGAAGAGGAUGAUGCAGCCCUGCUCUUACGCAUCCUGGAGAGUAUCGAGGGCUUUGCUCAGGAGCUGGUUGAACGUGGGAGUAAUAAGGGAAUCUUGGCAAGAGAGAAAGAAGUAAUGCGGAUACUCCAAGACACUUUAUCACAGGCUUCUGAGUCUUGCAAAACUGCACACUCAAUACAGCCAGUUGUACCUAAAGAUAACGGUUCACACUUAUCAGUUCAACAGACACCAGAGGUGAUCAAGGUCCAAAGCAAUAAAGAAAAAAAACCUGGAACUCCACCCCCCACUGUGACAAACACUACUCCCAGUCCUCCUCCCCCUUCAAACAAAGUUGUUGUCAGCACUCCUGUAUCCAUAAACAUUCCACGCUUCUACUUCCCUAAAGGACUUCCAAGUGCUACCAACAAUCACGAAGAAAUUGUUGCCAAGGUUCAAGCAGCCUUUGCCGAAUUUGAGGAUGAAAAGGCCGAUAUAUACGAAAUGGGCAAAAUCACAAAGGCAUGUGGCUGUCCUUUAUACUGGAAAGCCCCCAUGUUCAUAUCUGCUGGUGGGGAGCGGACAGGAUUUGCGUCUGUGCACUCUUGUGUAGCGAUGUGGAGAAAAGUGCUGCAGAGCUGCCACGAUGAUGCAUCUAAGUUUGUUUAUCUUCUUGCCAAACCAGGCUGUAACUACCUAGAGCAGGAAGACUUUAUCCCACUGCUGCAGGAUAUCGUGGAUACACAUCCAGGUCUAACGUUUUUGAAGGAUGCGCCAGAAUUCCAUUCACGAUACAUUACCACGGUCAUACAGAGAAUAUUCUACACAGUCAACAGAUCCUGGUCUGGCAAGAUAACUCUGACAGAGCUGAGGAAGAGCAACUUCCUGCAAACUCUUGUCCUCCUGGAGGAAGAGGACGAUAUAAACCAAAUUACAGACUACUUCUCCUAUGAGCAUUUCUAUGUUAUUUACUGUAAGUUCUGGGAACUAGACACUGACCAUGACCUCUUCAUUGACCAGAAGGACUUGGCCAGACACAAUGACCAUGCUAUCUCGAAUAGAAUUAUUGAAAGGAUAUUCUCUGGAGCAGUCACAAGGGGUAACUGUGUACAGAAAGAAGGUCGGAUGAGCUAUGCUGAUUUUGUCUGGUUUCUGCUUUCUGAAGAAGAUAAGAAGAAUCCCACCAGCAUGGAGUACUGGUUUCGGGCCAUGGACAUUGAUGGGGAUGGAGUACUCUCUAUGUAUGAGCUAGAGUACUUCUAUGAAGAACAAUGUGAACGCAUGGAAGGAAUGGGCAUUGAGCCAUUGCCAUUCCAUGACCUCCUCUGUCAGCUGUUGGAUUUAGUGAAACCGGAAUGUGAAGGUAAAAUAACCAUGCGGGAUCUAAAGCGAUGCAGAAUGGCUCAUAUUUUUUAUGAUACCUGCUUCAACUUGGAGAAGUAUCUGGACCACGAGCAGAGGGAUCCAUUUGCUGUACAAAAGGAUAUUGACAGUGAAGGUCCAGAGCCUUCCGACUGGGACAAGUACGCAGCUGAAGAAUAUGAGAUUUUGGUUGCUGAGGAAUCAGCCAAUGAGCAGUUACAGGAAGGCUCAUUUGAGGAAGACUAUGAAUCAGAUGAACUAUCCACCCCAGAACUCAGCAACAAGAUGGACAAACUUGUCAUUUCUGACCUUCCGACAUAAAUUCAAAGCUAGCUCAGCUGCUGGACAGUCAGAGUGACCAGUAGACACCAACUUUAAGGACUGACCACUACCCGGUCAGACAUGUAGAGAAAAUAAAUUGUUUAUAUCUUU